AUGACUGGAGAAGGGACAUCAAGCUCUGGAUCCGGCGUCAAGGAAAGUUCGCUGGUUUGGCCCAUGCUGGAUCGAGCGAACUACGCCGAGUGGGUGAUGAUCAUGCAGUGCAAUCUGGAGGCGUUGGAGAUCUGGCAUGCGAUCGAUCCAGGCACCAACGUGAAGCGCGCGCAUGAUCAUCAGGCCAUGGCGGCGCUCCUGCGUUCUGUGCCGCGCGACAUGUGGCAGAUGCUGGGGCGGAAGAAGACGGUCAAGGAGGUGAAGGCCCAGAGGCUCUUGCGCGAGUUCGAGAACAUCGCCUUCAAGGAGGCCGAAUCAAUUGAUGAAUUCAGCAUGAGGAUCUCAAAUCUUGCCGCAGAACUCAAGACCAUGGGGGAGAUAGUGGAGGAUUCGUGCGUGAUCAAGAAGUUUCUGCGCGUGGUUCCUUCACGUUUCAGCCCGGUGGUCGUCUCAAUCGAGAUGUUCUGCGACAUGAAGAAAAUGACUGUGGAGGAGCUAGUGGGGCGGUUGCACGUGGCGGAGGAACGUCUCGACGACAAGGUUGAGCACAUCGUCGACAAGAUGGGCCAUCUCAUGCUGGCCGAGGAGGACUGGCUGGAGAAGCAUAAGCACCACUUCAUCCAGGGCCCCAAAGACGGCGGCAGCGGCUCCAGCGGUGGCGCAUCUAGUGGCGGCCACGGCGGUCAUGGCAGCCGUAGUGGUCACCACAAAGGCAAGGCGGCAGCGCACUCUGAUGGUGGCCAAGAUUGCAAGCGCCCGAAGAAAGAAAAGAAGAGGGAGCAGAAGCAGCCGGAGGUGAACGUUGCCGUCGGUGGAGCAGAGCCUGGAGCGCUCAUGUUGGCGGCGUGUGACGUUGAUGUUGUGCGCCGGCCAACACAGACCGUGCACCUGUCGGAGGAGGUGACCCCGAUGCUUGUUCCAGAGGGCGUGUGGGUGCUGGACACUGGGGCCAGCAAUCACAUGACUGGCACCAGGUCAACACUCACGCAGCUUGAUGAAGGCGUGUGCGGAACAGUGCGUUUCGGCGAUGGCUCCAGUGUCAACAUCGAGGGCAUUGGAUCCAUGGUGAUGGAGGAUCGCCAGUCUACUCAUAAGGUACUGACCAAGGUUUAUUACAUCCCCAAACUCAAAAGUAACAUCAUCAGUCUUGGUCAGUUAGAAGAAAAGGGUUUUGUGGUAACCAUGGGGAAUGGGAAGCUAUAUAGCAAGCAAAUUGCUACAUUCAAGCAACAGAUGAAGGGAAGUUUCAAUAUGAGUGAUCUUGGCUUACUCAGCUACUAUCUAGGGCUGGAAGUGAAGCAGAAGCCAGGAGAAAUCAAGAUCUGUCAAAGUGCUUAUGCUCAGAAAAUUGUUGGGAUGGCUGGGAUGAAAGGAUGUAACCCAGUAGACACUCCAAUGGAACAGCACAUCAAGCUGUUGCCUGGCAAGCCUGAGCUAGUGUCAAAUGCAACAAAAUUCAGAAGUAUUGUGGGCAGUCUCAGAUAUUUGGUGAACUCAAGGCCUGACUUGGCUUUCUCUGUUGGAAUGGUGAGCAGGUUUAUGGAGUCACCAAACUCUGAGCAUUGGGCAGCAAUCAAAAGGAUCAUCAGAUAUGUUGCAGGAACCACAGAGCUUGGCUACAAGUUUUCAUUGAUCAUCGUAAAGAAUGAGAAAAUUUUAGAGACAGCAGGUGGCUUGAAUGGAAUCGAGGUCGAGGAUGGUCACGUGAGCUACUGCAGGCCUCCAACUAAACGCCUUGCCACCACCAACCUCCAGACCAGUGCAAUGAAUCCACCGCACCCAGAUCUGAAGCAAGUCUGUGAUCUGCCAUGGGACCGGCUCGACGAGCAGGUCAAGGUUUGGGCGCGCCAGGUCAGGGAGGCAUCUUACGACAUGGAGGAUGUCCUCGACACUUUCCUUGCGCGCGUCGAUGCCGCCGACCCCAGCAGGCUGAAACGCACCAUGAAGAAGAUGGGUAAAGUGUUCGGCAAGGCCAAGGCUCGUCGCAAUAUUGCUGGUGCCAUCGAAGACAUCAAGAAGCAUCUCGAGGAGGUAGCCGAAAGGCGUCAGAAGUACAAACUUGAUGACAUUAUGUGCAAGCCACUCGCAAGAACGUCAACUAUUGAUCCUCGCCUUAAAGUUAUGUACAAACAAGUGACGCAACUUAUUGGCGUCGACAAGUCAAGGGAUGAGCUCGUAUCCAUGCUGAUGACGUUGCAACCAGAUGAUGGUACCUCGAACCAGGAGAUGAAGAAGGUUUCCAAUGUUGGAGGAUUAGGAAAAUCCACCCUUGCCAAGGCGGUGUAUGAGAAGCUUAAGUCACAGUAUGACUGCGGGGCUUUCAUUUCAAUUGGUCGGGAUUAUGACUUGGUAAAAGUUUUCAUGGAUAUUCUCUUUCAUCUUGACGGUGAAAAGCAUAAGGACAUUCACAAUACUCGAAGAGGCCUCAAGCUCCGCAUUCACCAACUUCGAGAAUUCCUGAAGAAAAAGAGUUUGUUGGCCGGUAAACCAGAGUGUGAAUGGUCAAUGGUCUACAACUCUGUUGGUUUGGACACUGAAGAGAUAAGAAGCAUGAGUGUGGUGACGGGGGCGCUGGGAAGCCUCGCCCCCAAGCUUCUUCAGCUGCUCCAUGGUGAGUACAAGCUCCAGAAGGGUGUGAGGAAGCAAGUGGAGUCGCUCUCCCGCGAGCUGGACAGCAUCUACCCUUUCCUCCACAAGGUCUCAGAUGUGCCAUGGGACCAGCUCGACGAGCAGGUCAAGUUGUGGGCGCGCGAGAUCAGGGAGGCAUCCUACGACAUGGAGGAUGUCCUCGACACCUUCCUCGUUCGCGUCGACGGCGGAAAGACCAACGCCGACUCCAGCAGCCUCAAACUUGCCAUGACGAAGCUGGGUGAGCUGUUCAGCAAGGUCAAGGCUCGCCGUGAUAUUGCAGCAAAGAUCAAGGAAAUAACAAAGCGUCUCGAGGAGGUAGCCAACAAUCGUCAGAAAUACAAAGUUGAUGAGAUUAUGUGCAAGCCACUCGCAGCAACGUCAACUAUUGAUCCUCGCCUUAAAGCUAUGUACAAAGAAGUGACACAACUCAUUGGUGUCGACAAGUCAAGAGAAGAGCUCGUAUCCUUGCUUAAUACAUCCCAACCAGAUCUUGUUGUCUCCGAUAAGAAGAUGAAGAAGGUUUCAAUUGUGGGAGUUGGAGGAUUGGGUAAAACCACUCUAGCCAGAGUGGUGUAUGACAAGCUUAAACCACAAUACGACUGCGGGGCUUUCAUAUCAAUCGGUCGGGAUCAUGACUUGGUAAAAGUUUUUAAGGAUAUUCUCUUUCAUCUUGACAGUGAAAACCAUAAGGACAUUCACAACACUGAGAGAGGCAUCGAGCUCCUCAUUCACCAACUCCGAGAAUUUCUGAAGAAAAAGAGGUAUUUUAUUGUUAUUGAUGAUGUAUGGGAGGUACACACCUGGGAAGCAAUCGAACUAGCACUUGUUGAGAAUAAUCAUGGAAGUAAAGUAAUCACAACUACUCGAAAUGUUGAUGUUGCCAAAGCAUUUGGGGAGGUUUACAAGCUGAAACAACUUUCCUAUGAUGACACCAUGAAAUUAUUUUAUACAAGGUUAUCUAGAGCAGACCGAAAGUUCCUUCAUAACCAUCCAGAUGACAUUUCUGAGAAAAUUCUAAAGAAAUGUGCUGGUAUACCUUUAGCAAUCAUCACAAUGGCUAGUUUGUUGGCUGGUAAACCAGAAUGCGAAUGGUCAAUGGUCUACAACUCUAUUGGUUUUCAUACUACAGAUAACAGGGAAGCUGAAGAUACUAUGACAAUACUUUCAUUUAGCUACUAUGAUCUGCCUCCACAUUUGAGGACAUGCUUACUAUAUCUAAGUACAUAUCCAGAAGAUUAUGAGAUCGAAAAUGAUUCUUUGAUAUGGAAGUGGAUAGCUGAAGGAUUUAUUGAUGGGAAACAGGGAACAAGAUUAUUUGAGCUUGGAGAAAGAUACUUCAAUGAUCUCAUUAAUAGAAGCUUGAUCCAGCCAGUGGAGAGCAUGUGGAAUGGCAGAGUAGAAAGCUGUUGUGUUCAUGAUAUGGUUCUUGAUCUGAUGCGUAAGCUUUCAUCUGAUGAAAACUUUAUUGCUAUAUUAGGUGAUAAUGUUGAAGAAACACCUGCACCAAGCAGUGUCCGCCGGUUAGCCAACCAAAACAGAAUAGCCGAGCACAUUAAUUCUGAAACAAUGGUUACUGGGUUGCCAAAAGUGAGGUCAUAUACCGCAUUCAAGUGUUUUAUUGAUAGCCGGGACCAGUUUUUGAGAUUUAAACUUUUGCGCGUGUUGGACAUAGUAGACUGCAGCGUUGAGAAAGGUUGCCCCCUUGAGCAUCUUGGUGAUUUACUUCACUUGAGGUACCUUAGGAUAAGAUUCAACGGUACUUCCCCUGAGCUCCCCAUACAACUAGGGAAUCUAAAGUUACUGCAAACACUCAAUGUGGGCGGAACGUUGCCAGCUUGCAUUGUGCAACUAAAAGAUCUGGUCCGGCUAUGUGCUGACAACAAGGUACCGGAUGGGAUUGGGAAGCUGGUUUCCCUGGAGGAGCUAAGAAUAAUGAAUGGUUGCAGUGAUAAGCCCAAGAGAUUUUUCAAGGAGCUUGCCAGCCUGCGAGAACUGAGGGUGCUUGAAUUUGCCACUUAUGAUGGGGUGGACGAGAGCAUGCAUGGAGAUUUUGUGGAGUCUCUAAGCAAUAUGCAAACGCUCCAGUUUAUAGAUGUGUACCAUUUACCUUGGCUUGCGGAUACAGCCAUGUGGGAAGCAGCAGGCUUUGUGCUCCCACGACCUCUCCAUUAUUUGGGAUGGCAGUUAAUUAGAUUGUCCAAAUUGCCGUCAUGCAUUAAUCCCACACGUCUUCCCAACCUGGCCCACUUGGAGCUGUUUGUGAUUACUAUGGAUGAGCAGGAUCUGAAACUCCUAGCUAGGUUACCGGCGCUCCGUUAUCUCGACCUGACAACAUGGUCCACGGUAACAGCAAGCAAUAUUAACUCCAGUGAUCGCAGCUUCUUCCACAAGUUGACGCACUUCCGUACCAAUGCAAUGGUGCAGUUUGAGCAGGCCAACGAGGAGGGCACUAGCGUUUCAUUGCAUAUGUGGAAUGGAGAGGAUGCUAUGCCCUUUGCCUCUAGAAAAAGCAAUGAUUCCAGAAAAGUUGUACCCUCUGGCGUGAUGCCAAAUCAAUGCACUGUAUAUUUAAGCUCCAACAUUAUUACUAACCAAUGGUUCUUCCACUUUGGUGUGGAUAGGUAUUUUAUUGUUAUUGAUGAUGUAUGGGAGGUACGCACCUGGGAAGCAAUCGAACUAGCACUUGUUGAGAAUAAUCAUGGAAGUAAAGUAAUCACAACUACUCGAAAUGUUGAUGUUGCCAAAGCAUUUGGGGAGGUUUACAAGCUGAAACAACUUUCCUAUGAUGACACCAUGAAAUUAUUUUAUACAAGGUUAUCUAGAGCAGACCGAAAGUUCCUUCAUAACCAUCCAGAUGACAUUUCUGAGAAAAUUCUAAAGAAAUGUGCUGGUAUACCAUUAGCAAUCAUCACAAUGGCUAGUUUGUUGUCUGGUAAACCAGAAUGCAAAUGGUCAAUGGUCUACAACUCUAUUUGUUUUCAUACUACAGAUAACAGGGAAGCUGAAGAUACUAUGACAAUACUUUCAUUUAGCUACUAUGAUCUGCCUCCACAUUUGAGGACAUGCUUACUAUAUCUAAGUACAUAUCCAGAAGAUUAUGAGAUCGAAAAUGAUUCUUUGAUAUGGAAGUGGAUAGCUGAAGGAUUUAUUGAUGGGAAACAGGGAACAAGAUUAUUUGAGCUUGGAGAAAGAUAUUUCAAUGAUCUCAUUAAUAGAAGCUUGAUCCAACCUGUGGAGAGCAAGUGGAAUGGCAGAGUAGAAUACUGUCGUGUUCAUGAUAUGGUUCUUGAUCUGAUGCGUAAGCUUUCAUCUGAUGAAAACUUUAUUACUAUAUUAGGUGACAAUGUUGAAGGAGCACCAGCACCAAGCAAUGUCCGCCAGUUAGCCCACCAAAACAGAAUAGCCAAGCACAUUAAUUCUGAAACAAUGGUUACUGGGAUGCCAAAAGUGAGGUCAUAUACCACAUUCAAGUGUUUUAUUGAUAGCCGGGACCAAUUUUUGAGAUUUAAACUUUUGCGCGUGCUGGACAUAGUAGAUUGCAGCUUUGAGAAAGGUUGCCACCUUGAGCAUCUUGGUGAUUUACUUCACUUGAGGUACCUUAGUCUAAGAUUCUACGGUAGUUCCCCUGAGCUCCCCAUACAACUAGGGAAUCUAAAGUUACUGCAAACACUCAAUGUGGGCGGAACGUUGCCAGCUUGCAUUGUGCAACUAAAAGAUCUGGUCCGGCUAUGUGCUCAAGAAAAGGUACCGGAUGGCAUUGGGAAGCUGGUUUCCCUGGAGGAGCUAAUAAUAUUAAAUGGUUGCAGUGAUAAGCCCAAGAGAUUUUUCAAGGAGCUUGCCAGCCUUCGAGAACUGAGGGUGCUUGCAUUUGCCACUUAUGAUGGGGCGGACGAGAGCAUGCAGAGAGAUUUCGUGGAGUCUCUAAGCAAUCUGCAAAAGCUCCAGUAUAUACAAGUGCACGGUUCACCUUGGCACGCGGAUACAGCCAUGUGGGAAGCAGCAGGCUUUGUGCUCCCACGACCUCUCCAUUAUUUGGUAUGGCCUGCAAUUAGAUUGUCCAAAUUGCCGUCAUGCAUUAAUCCCACACGUCUUCCCAACCUGGCCCACUUGGAGCUGUUUGUGAUUACUAUGGAUGAGCAGGAUCUGAAACUCCUAGCUAGGUUACCGGCGCUCCGUUAUCUCAACCUGACAACAGAGUCCACGGUAACAGCAAGCAAUAUUAACUCCAGUGAUCGCAGCUUCUUCCACAAGUUGACGCACUUCCGUACCAAUGCAAUGGUGCAGUUUGAGCAGGCCAACGAGGAGGGCACUAGCGUUUCAUUGCAUAUGUGGAAUGGAGAGGAUGCUAUGCCCUUUGCCUCUAGAAAAAGCAAUGAUUCCAGAAAAGUUGUACCCUCUGGCGUGAUGCCAAAUCAAUGCACUGUACGCACCUGGGAAGCAAUCGAACUAGCACUUGUUGAGAAUAAUCAUGGAAGUAAAGUAAUCACAACUACUCGAAAUGUUGAUGUUGCGAAAGCAUCUGGUGAGGUUUACAAGCUGAAACAACUUUCCUAUGAUGACUCCAUGAAAUUAUUUUAUACAAGGUUAUCUAGGGCAGACCGAAAGUUCCUUGAUAACCAUCCAGAUGACAUUUCUGAGAAAAUUCUAAAGAAAUGUGCUGGUAUACCAUUAGCAAUCAUCACAAUGGCUAGUUUGUUGUCUGGUAAACCAGAAUGCAAAUGGUCAAUGGUCUACAACUCUAUUUGUUUUCAUACUACAGAUAACAGGGAAGCUGAAGAUACUAUGACAAUACUUUCAUUUAGCUACUAUGAUCUGCCUCCACAUUUGAGGACAUGCUUACUAUAUCUAAGUACAUAUCCAGAAGAUUAUGAGAUCGAAAAGGAUUCUGUGAUAUGGAAGUGGAUAGCUGAAGGAUUUAUUGAUGGGAAACAGGGAACAAGAUUAUUUGAGCUUGGAGAAAGAUAUUUCAAUGAUCUCAUUAAUAGAAGCUUGAUCCAACCUGUGGAGAGCAAGUGGAAUGGCAGAGUAGAAUACUGUCGUGUUCAUGAUAUGGUUCUUGAUCUGAUGCGUAAGCUUUCAUCUGAUGAAAACUUUAUUACUAUAUUAGGUGACAAUGUUGAAGGAGCACCAGCACCAAGCAAUGUCCGCCAGUUAGCCCACCAAAACAGAAUAGCCAAGCACAUUAAUUCUGAAACAAUGGUUACUGGGAUGCCAAAAGUGAGGUCAUAUACCACAUUCAAGUGUUUUAUUGAUAGCCGGGACCAAUUUUUGAGAUUUAAACUUUUGCGCGUGCUGGACAUAGUAGAUUGCAGCUUUGAGAAAGGUUGCCACCUUGAGCAUCUUGGUGAUUUACUUCACUUGAGGUACCUUAGUCUAAGAUUCUACGGUAGUUCCCCUGAGCUCCCCAUACAACUAGGGAAUCUAAAGUUACUGCAAACACUCAAUGUGGGCGGAACGUUGCCAGCUUGCAUUGUGCAACUAAAAGAUCUGGUCCGGCUAUGUGCUCAAGAAAAGGUACCGGAUGGCAUUGGGAAGCUGGUUUCCCUGGAGGAGCUAAUAAUAUUAAAUGGUUGCAGUGAUAAGCCCAAGAGAUUUUUCAAGGAGCUUGCCAGCCUUCGAGAACUGAGGGUGCUUGCAUUUGCCACUUAUGAUGGGGCGGACGAGAGCAUGCAGAGAGAUUUCGUGGAGUCUCUAAGCAAUCUGCAAAAGCUCCAGUAUAUACAAGUGCACGGUUCACCUUGGCACGCGGAUACAGCCAUGUGGGAAGCAGCAGGCUUUGUGCUCCCACGACCUCUCCAUUAUUUGGGAUGGCAGUUAAUUAGAUUGUCCAAAUUGCCGUCAUGCAUUAAUCCCACACGUCUUCCCAACCUGGCCUACUUGGCACUGUUUGUGAUUACUAUGGAUGAGCAGGAUCUGAAACUCCUUGCUAGGUUACCGGCGCUCUGUUAUCUCAACCUGACAACAAAGUCCACGGUAACAGCAAGCAAUAUUAACUCCAGUGAUCGCUGCCUCUUCCAGAAGUUGACGCACUUUGCGACCAAUGCAAUGGUCCAGUUUGAGCAGCCCGACGAGGAGGACACUAGCGUUUCAUUGCAUAUGUGGAAUGGAGAGGAUGCUAUGCCCCUUGCCUCUAGAAAAAGCAAUGACUCCAGAAAAGUUGUACCCUCUGGCGUGAUGCCAAAUCUUGAAGUGCUUAAGUUUAAUGUCCCUUUGCAGGCCCUAAAAGGUAACUACAGUGACUACUGUGGCAAUAUUGACUUGGAGUACCUGCCUUCCUUCAGGAACUCACAGGGCGGAUCAUCUGUGAAGACGUGCCUGCUACAGAGAGGGAUGCUGCGUUGGCUGUACUGA